AUGUCUGGGGCUACACUUGCCAGUCAAGGUUCAGGCGAGGAUUCAAUACGCCGAUUUGUCAAGCUGAACAGGCUGCCUAGUGAGCUGAGGGACUUGAUUUGGAAAUUCGCAGUCCGUGAUGCGCUGAACGAGGCUGCUAGGUCGCUGCCAGAUGACAUGAUCAGGGAGUUUGGUGCCGCGGCGGCGGGAUACCAUCAGUCCGGAUGUCGCUGCCAUUCCUUCUGGAGGGAGCUGCGGCCUCUAUUGACGGCUUCCAAGGAGUCACGAGCGGCUACCGCCAGGUUCACGAAGAGUUUAACGAAAGACGACGGCAACGUUGAGGGUCAAGAUAUUGUCCACUUUUGA